AUCGAUCACCAAAGCCAAGCGAAGCAGCUAAGCUUUAAUUAGUAGCCAACCGUGAAGCUAAGCGGCUGCCGCCGAGGAUCAUCGAUGGCGUUCAUGAGGUACCGCGCGCUGCCGCAGCGCGGGGAGCCGACGGUGGAGUUCCGGGCGUGGCUGGCGCAGUUCGACGCCGACCGCGACGGCCGGAUCAGCCGGGAGGAGCUGCAGCACGCGCUGCGGAGCCUCAACGUGUGGUUCGCGUGGUGGAAGGCGCGGGGCGGGGUGCGCGCCGCCGACGCCAACGGCGACGGCGCCGUGGCCGGGGACGACGAGGCCGCCCGGCUCUUCGCCUUCGCGCAGAGGCACCUCCACGCCAAGAUCGCCCAGCUCGGGUACUACUGAAUCAACACCGAUGAUCCACGAGACGAUCGUAUGGUCGAUCCGAUGUGAUCGAGUCUGUGUACUUUUGACUAUAUAUAUUGUAAGGGUGUGGAUGAUGAACUUAUUUGUUACUGCUUGUGCUUUUGCAGUAUUUUACAACAUACUGUAAAUAUUCAGUACAACAUCGCAAGUACAUUACUCCCUUCGUUUCAAAUUAUAAGUCAUUCCAAAAAUUUUGGAGAGUCAAAAUUU